AAAAAACAAAAUUUUUUGGGGUGCUACUUCAAUAAUUGGGGCUAUUCCCCUCCUCUUAUUACCACCUAUGAUGGUAUUCCUUUAAAAGUAUGGUAUGUGACGAAUCUAUAAUGCACGUCUCAUACACUGCAGUAUAACACAAACGGUAUAAGUAUUAUUCGUUUUGAUUUCCGCGGUGAAGAACAACACGCUGCGGUGUGCGACUGAAUUAAUAAAAUAUCUAGGGAAUUCGUCACAACAAAAACAACUGCCUAUAAUUAUAGCUGUAGCCGGUAAUUGAUAACCAGAAGUGUAAACAAAAUAUUAUUACACAAGAACACACCUACUCAAACAUCAUGUACAAUUAUUUAGCUUGUCAGAAACAACGCAAAAACAACGGUAAUAAUAAUAAUAGUAACAAUAACAAUCGAGUAACCAACGUAGUUGAAUCGUUGUAGUUAGGAUUCAUAAUAAUAGUGCUUUAUAAAAAUUUGACUAUUGGAAUAAACGUGCAAGCUCAUUUUACGACCGUAUUCGCGUAGGUAUUGGUCGACUCAGUAGUAGUGUGUACCUGGUAAUGUAUAGUAUUAGUAGUAAACUAGUAUGCUAAUAAUUAAUAUAAUAUUAUACGACUGUAGGUAAUUGUAUACUAUGCAUUAUGCUGCAAGUAGAUAUUAUUAUGUCGAGAUGUAUGCGAUACGAUUUUUCACACUUACGGUACCAUUAUAGUAAUAUGUAGCUGAGACUCUGAGAGGAUAUGAAAUGUUGCAAAUGAUUACUAAAUUGCUGACACUAAUGGUUAGCGGAAAUGAAACGACUAAAAACAAAGGAUAUGACAGCCAAUAUUACAUUGCGGCUGUCGUCGAGUACCACCCCAUUUUGGGUUCCAAUCCGUUACAGUCAAUGCAGAACAAUUUACCAAUUUAUGAGGACAUUAUUCACCAUGCUAGUCAAUAUGAUGUUGAUAUAUUGGUUUUCCCGGAAGCUGGUUUGACCGGAGUUACCUUACCCGAUAAUCGAAAAGAAAUCAAAACAUUUUUAACAGAGAUUCCAUCUCCAGAAAGUAACACUAUUCCAUGUUUUACUAAAUACUGCAGUACAGUGUUGAAUAAGCUGUCAUGUGCGGCUAGACUUCAUCAUAUGUAUGUGGUAGUAAAUUUACCAGAAAUAGAGUAUUGCAAAACAGAAGAUGACGACUCGUGUCCAGAAGAUUUAGCAAAUUAUUAUAAUACAAACGUGGUGUUUAAUAGGGAAGGAAGAAUCGUAGCUAGGUAUAGAAAAUUUAAUUUAUUUGGAGAAUUAGGAUUUAAUCAUACUAGCUCAUCAGAAUUAUGCACGUUCGACACUGAUUUCGGUGUGAGAUUUGGAAUGUUUAUUUGCUUUGAUAUACUAUUUCAAGAUCCCGCAGCUCGGCUUAUUCGUGAAACAGGCGUUAAGGAUAUUAUAUUUUCAACGGCUUGGUUUUCAGAAAUUCCUCUGCUGACAGCUGAUUCUGUGCAAGCUGGCUGGGCAUAUACCAAUGAUGUGAAUCUAAUAGCAGCUAGUUACAACGCUCCAUCAAUGGGUGGUGGAGGUAGUGGCAUUUACGCUGGUCGGGACGGACCAUUAGUCAUGUUCAUGCCUGACCGACCUGGCACUCAGAUAAUACUGUCAAGAGUGUUGAAAAGACAAUACAACAACUGUAAUAUACAAUCAAAGAAAUGUUCGAUCGAUAGUAACUAUCAGACAUUUAUGUCAGAUAACCUUGUCUUACCUUAUGGUAAAGAAAAAUCCUCACCAAAUAGAAACCGGCCCAGUGAUUUUAGGUUCUUCGUGGACAACAGCUUUAAGGAUUUCCACGUGGUGACCAUGCGGUCCGAGGAUCCGGACGCUGAACAACAUGACGACACACUCUCCGCGUCAUUCCAGUACGAGCACGACGGGUUCGAAUGCGCGAUGACGGUGCGCUGGCGGAACGAGAACAACAACGACACGACGGAAUACAACUUGUUCGCGUACUCCGGUACCCGGACGUUCAGCGGGUUCGUGGACGCGCACAUCGAGACGUGCGGGCUGACCACGUACAAGCCGGGCGGCUCGGCACCCGGCCAAUACGGCGGUGCCGUCGUGUACUACGACCCUCCCAAGGAUCUGGUCACCAUCACCGGCAUCACGAUCGCCGCCAGGUCACCGGACCUCGGCACGUUGCCCAUACCCAGCACGUUGGACACGAACAGCUAUCCGCUCGCCAACGACUACUACACGUUCAGCAAGCGGACGGUAACGGUCGGCAAGCGGAAAAUGUUGGAGAUCAACAUGGAGCUGUCCAAGCCGGUCGCCAACCUGGUCACGUUCGGCAUCUACAAGCUACCGCGGCGCGUGAACCGUGGUUGACACGAUAGGCGAUCGCACAGUCAUUAUUGCCCAUACUACCUGUAUAAUUAUAGUAAUGCUAAUGUUGCAUAAUAGUAUAAUUUAUGUGACGUCGGCGCAGGCGCAUUUACCGUUUUAUUUAUUGCGCAGUGCACACGUCAUUUCCUAUACAAGACAUAUUAUUAUUAUUAUUUUCUAACUUAUAAUAAUAUUAAGAUGCCCUACGGCCUACACUACAAUUGUAUAAUAGGUACCUAAAUUUUUAUAUAUAAUGCCACUCGAAUAAAUAUUUUUUAGCACGUUUCUAGUACCUACCUAUGUUUAAUCGUAUCUGUAGGGGACUCUGAGGAGGGGCAUGUCCAUUCCUCUAGGGCCGUCAC